AAUUUUCGUAGUUCUAGACGUGUAUCUCAUUGUUGAUGAUCGUAUGACGUUUAUCAAAAAAUGACAAAUAGAAGAGAAAAAUGAUGAGAGAAGUCAAUGAAUGAACAUAGAAGGCGUACAUGUGCUCCGCGAUAAAGCAAUUAAAUUCUAUCUCUUUCUCUCUCUCCUAUGCUAUAUCUGUGAUAUCCUCGUAUAGAGGAGACCUCGUACUGUCAUCGAUAUAUUUAUUCCUCCACCUGACUGAAGGAUAACGUCAAGCGUUAUUUAGAACGUAGGUAGACGGAAUCUCUCUUUCUGACAUUUGACAACUAAUAACGAGGAUCAGGAUGACUGCAAAACACUUGAGUACCGGAUCGGUACCUCUGCCCCUUGUACCUGGAAAAAUACGCUUGUACAGUAUGCGUUUUUGUCCAUACGCACAGAGGAUACAUCUGGUGCUGGAUGCCAAACAAAUUCCAUAUGAUGUAGUAUAUGUGAAUCUAACGCACAAGCCAGACUGGUUAAUAGAAAAAAGCCCUUUGAAUAAAGUUCCUUGCAUUGAAUUAGAAGGAGAAGAAACGCUAUACGAGAGCCUAAUUAUUGCUGAUUAUCUGGAUGAUGCCUAUCCUCAAAAUAAAUUAUAUCCAAGUAAUCCUUUAGCAAAAGCUAAGGAUAAAUUAUUAAUUGAUAGAUUUAAUACAGUAAUAACAACUAUGUAUAAGGUAUUUUAUCCAGGCCCAACAUUAGAACAAGAUGUAUUUAAUGAUGCAUUAAAUGGUUUAAAAUUAUUUGAUCAAGAGUUGGCAAAAAGAGGAACUCCCUUUUUUGGAGGAAGCAAGCCUGGCAUGUUGGAUUUUAUGAUAUGGCCAUGGUGCGAAAGAGCAGAUGUGAUAAGAAUUAUACGGGGAGAACAAUUUGUCAUACCUCGAGAACGUUUCUUGCGACUGCUUGAAUGGAAAACUGCUAUGAAAGAAGAUCCUGCAGUACGUGGCAGCUUUCUGGAUGUUGAAGCACAUGCCAAGUACAUACGCAGUCGUAUAGCUGGGAUACCUCAGUAUGACUUAAUGACUUAAUAACUGAAGACAGUACAAUCUAAUCACAAAACCCAUUCCAUCUAACAAUCUUUUAAGUUCAAAUAAUUCAUUCCUUCUCUUUAUAUAUUGCUAAUUCAAUGUACCAAAUUGCAUUUUAUAGAAAAAAUACAUAUUUACAAUAUAAAAUAAACAUUCAUGCAAUAACAAUCUAAAACAAGCAGUAACUAGUGAAAUAAAAAAGCCUUUAUUUUGAUUGUUA